AAGGUUUACUCACUGUUACUCCGGAGAAUUGUCAGUGCCGCUCGCGUGAGGAGGACCUUUUGUGGACAGAAGUGUUCUGUGGGUGAAUUACUGUCAGUGAGGGAAUUAACGGGAUUUCUGUCACGAGAAAAAUUGCCGUUUAGGUCAUGUGUGUCGAGAAUGGGGUUAGACAAAUCAAGGAAACGCACGAUCAGUGCGGAUGUCCCAUACGACAAAAGCGCAAAAAUCGUUUCUCUUUCUCAAUUACUGGAACCCUUGCCGAGCAAAGAAAAGGUUCCUCCCGACGAUGAAGGCGACAAUCCGUGUUCUUGCCGCAUAUCUUCAUCAACUUCCGGAUUUUCCUUGGAUGCUCAAGGUCAAACCGAUCCUCUCAGACUGAGAAGUUCAUGUCAUUUGCGACGAAGUUUGAGGAAGCGUCGAGAUUCACAAGCGGCAUGGAUGAAACUAGUCUUGUCCUUAUCUGUGCUGUGUGGUUUGUUUUCCACCGCUUUCAUGGUAUUCCGCGUGAAAUCUACUUCUUACGACAAAGAUGAAGCUUGGCUUAAGUCUAUAGCGUCUGAUCUAUUCGCGUACCAACCAAGAAAGCAAGGAAGUGAUAGGGUGUUGCAUUCCUGGCCUCAUCAUCUCCACGAUGACAACUAUGCUACGGAAGCUCGAGUUGAGGAGUCUUUAUGGGAUCCAGAGCCGAACUUCGUGGCGCCACGACAUCCGACUAGUUUACAGCAAGCUAAUUAUUUUAGUCAGGAAGGUGACAAAAAUCUCCGGCCUCGAACUGAGCGUGCUGCGGAAGCGAAUGCAUCCCUACGAGCCGCAUUGGAAAUGUCAAAGGCGGGGAAAAUGACGAAAGCUAUGCGACUCUUUCAACACGCUCUUGCCUUGUUGAACGAUGACCCAGAACUAUUGAUCGCUUAUGGGGAGUUCCUGGAGAAGUACGAGAACAAUUUCAUCCAAGCUGACCAUUAUUACUCUAAAGCCCUCACUCUUUCACCGCGGAAUUCCCGAGCUUUGGAGAAUAAGCUGCGCACUUCACCGAUCGUUGCCGAUUUGGAUUUUCGCACGCUGACAAGGAUUGAUGAAAAGAGAGAUGAAUUGGCAAAAAUUCCGGAUUCGAAUGCCGCUCUACGUCGCAUCAAGAAAGAAGCAUAUUUUCAGUAUGUGUAUCACACUGUUGGCAUAGAGGGAAACACCAUGACCUUGUCUCAGACGAGAAGUGUGCUUGAAACACGCAUGGCGAUCGGGGGGAAAAGCUUGAUGGAGCACAACGAAAUCCUCGGGAUGGAUGCUGCAUUGCGAUUUGUGAACCAAAGUCUUUUGCAUAGAAUCGGAACGAUCACAGUGGGGGACAUUUUUCAAAUUCAUAGGAAGGUCAUGGGGAUGGUUGAUCCCGAUAUUGCUGGUGUUUAUCGGAAAACUCAGGUUUACGUGAGUCGACACGUACCUCCGACAUCGGAUAGACUUCCUUCUCUAAUGGAUGACCUGGUAGAAUGGUUGAAUUCGCCAUCAGCUCUGGAGGCUCAUCCUUUGCAAUACGCAGCUCUUGCGCAUUACAAGCUCGUAUACAUUCACCCUUUUGUGGACGGGAAUGGACGGACUGCGCGUUUAUUUAUGAAUUGGAUUUUGAUGCAAGAAGGUUACCCACCUGUGAUAAUUCGGAAACAAGAUCGGCACAAAUACUACGAAACUUUACAGCUGGCGAACGACGGCGACGUUCGACCUUUCCUUCGCUUCGUGGCAGACUGCGCUGACAAGACGCUGGAUGUGUAUCUGUGGGCAACGAGACACGCGUUUUCUUCCGGAAGAACGACAAAAUCCGCAUCCGCCCCCGCAGAAACGAUCGACGGUUUCUCGAAGCAUCAUCGAAAUUCCUUCCGGAAACUCUUCUCGAAGGUUGUCAAGACCCGCGAAGAAACGUCGGGUGAGAAACGUAGUGCGAGCUGCAAAUUCCGCCCACCGCAGAUGAACGAAGACCAGCUGCGAACUUAUCUUUUUGGAAAUAAAACACCUGGAGCAGUGGGGUUGACGAACCAUGGAAACACCUGUUUUAUUAAUGCCGUUGUACAGUGUUUGAGUCACACUGAUCGGCUUGCCGAAUAUCUGGCUUUGAACCAUUUCAAGUAUGAUUUGCAAAUGAAGAGGAAGAAAGUUGGAAUCAUCAUGAGAAGAGGAACAGGUGGAGAACUUACCGAGAAGUUGGCGACUGUGAUCAGAGCUUUGUGGUCUGGACAGUAUUCGUCAUCGGUAUCAGCUGAUUUCAAAGCCGUUGUGGAAAAAUACGGCACCCUAUACCGGGGUGGAACGCAGCAUGAUGCUCAGGAAUUUCUUCUUUGGUUACUCGACAAAGUCCACGAAGACUUGAAUAUUGCCAAAAAACGCCGCUACAAACACCUCAAAGGUACUUGUGCAAAAGCAGACGAGGUGUUGGCUGCCGAGUCCUUGCAUAAUUUCCUGCGUUGCAACGAAAGCUUUGUUCAUGGACUCUUCCAAGCACAGUUCCGAUCCUCUUUAACGUGCCCACACUGUCGGUGUCAAUCCAACACGUUCGAUCCUUUCUUGUGUCUUUCCCUGCCCAUUCCCCAGGCUGCUCGUCGUCCAGUUUUUGUCUCCGUCGUGUUCCUCAGUCAGCAACCUCGCCAGGUGAAAUUAGGCUUCAGUAUGGAUUGUGAUGCGACGAUCGGAGAACUUCGAGAAACGAUUGCGACCGAUACUGGUAUCAAUAUCAAUCGUUGCGUACUUGCGGAAAUCGACGGAGAGGGAUUUCGUCGAACGUUUUCUGGUAUUUUUCCGUACCAUCAGAGUUUAAGAGCGAUUGACGUGGAUGACCGAGUGCACGGUCUGUAUGCCCUGGAGUUGCCUGAAGCGAGAAAUUCGUCCGAGGAAGAGGGAGAGAUAAUUUCUAUUGUAUUAGUCAACGUUCUUCGUUCUUCAGAGAGCGGCGAAGUGGGUGACGAACAUUUUGAACAAUGCACGAGGUUCGGUUCUCCACAUGUUACACAAUUGCGGAGAGAGAUGAGUUAUGAAGAUUUCCAGAAGCUGCUGUUGAAGGAGAUGCAAAGCAUGGUGCAGCCUUCGAUUUUAACUUCGAAACAAGAGAUGCCUUUGUUUUCCGUUGAAGUUUAUUCUGGAGAAAAAAAUGGAGAAGUGAUUGAUCCUACUCUGAAUUAUCCGCUUUAUGCGGAGGCCGUGGACCAAGCUCUUAGUCUCAGUGAUCCAGAUGGGGAUGGACAGUACGGACCGAAACAUAUAAAGCUAAUUUUAAAAUGGGAUCGUGCUGUAAAAGAAAAAGUAAUUUUUGAUGACCAAGAACACAUGGAUGAUCACGAAAGCGUUCGUGCUUUACUCGAUAAUCCUCAAUUCCAACCGCCUGUGACAUUAGAGGAAUGUUUCAGGGAAUAUACGUCAGAAGAGAUUUUGGGAACAGAAAACGCAUGGCUGUGUCCCUCGUGCAACAAAAGAGGGAAAGGGAUUAAACGGAUUGCGCUUUGGUCUCUUCCAGAAAUUCUCAUUAUUCACCUCAAACGCUUUAAACAGUGGAGUACUAAUGGAAUUGCAACGGGCAAGUUGACGACUCUAGUUGAUUUUCCAAAAAAUAACUUCGACGUGUCUGCUCACUUGGCAACGGCGAGUGAGAAGAAGCCUGGCCUGGAAUCGCCAGAUGACGAUAUUCGACGUGCCGGUUCGUCGUCGGGCAUGUUCAAGCGUGUGUUGCGCAGAGUGAGAGGGGUUAAACCCGCACCAAAAGCAGGAACGUCGUCUGCGUCAGCGUCAUUAUCCAAGGGAAAACGACGUCCAAGACCCGAGGAUUGUUCUUACGAAUUAUACGCAGUUUGCAAUCACCAUGGACUUGAUGAUCAGGGUGGACAUUAUACUGCCUAUUGCAAGAACUCCACGGACGACAAGUGGUACUGCUUUGAUGACACAAAGGUGUCCGUCAUUGACAGAAACGAAAUUGUCACAGAGGAUGCGUACGUUUUAUUUUACCGGCGAAAAGAUCCGGGAUCGGGUUGUGCCAUGCUCGAUGGAUCGUCCACGAUGCCCAUGUCGACCAGUAAGAACCCUCUGGGGUCAUCGGGAACACUUCCGAUGAGGCACUUUCCCAAACGACACUGGGUAUACGACAUCCCGGGCUUGCGUCCUGUUAAUGCCAGUGGCAGCAGAAUCAGCGGUGGUGAAGAAGACUCCGGCGUAGGCGUCAGUCGGUGUUCAAGUGAUGGACUCACGGACACGGAGAGGGAAUCCUUGAGGGCUGGAAAAGUGCCAUUUGAAAAUCUUCGUUCUGAGUAG